GGGGGGAAAGCACAAUCAUUUGAAGUGUGUAUGAACAUCGUGUUGCAAAUGGGUAGAGAAGCGUCUCCAGUGAUUGUAGGUGCUCUGCAAUGUCAAAAGAACUCGUUUCUGAAGGAGUUCAAGUCGGUUGUUGUUCGCUGUGAGGAGGAGAAGCCCGAACAGCCAAAGCAGGGCGGCAAGAAGAAGUCUAAGCAGGAUGGUGUUGCGGCACAGUUGAAGUACGCAGUUGAGCUCCAUGAUACGAUUCUCUUCCCUGAAGGUGGCGGCCAACCUUCAGACCAGGGAUAUAUCAUUGAUAAGGACGGGAAGAGUCAUUUUGUUGGGCACGUUAAGAGAGAUAAGCUCAGGGCGCUUCACCUCGUUGACGAGCCUGUUGAGCCAGGCACAGCGGUUACGCUCCAGGUGGACUGGAAGAGGCGGCUGGACCACAUGCAACAGCAUACGGGACAGCACCUUCUCUCUGCGGUGCUGGACAAGUACGGGUUGAAUACGCUCAGCUGGAGUAUGGGUGAUAUGGUGAACUAUAUCGAGAUUCCUAGGGCGUUGUCCGAGGAGGAGCUGGCCAAGAUCAGUGAUGAGGUUAACGAGAGGAUCAUCGAGGCCAUUCAGAUCUCUGUCGAGACGCCUGGUAAUGACGACGUCAAACAGGAUAAGAUUCCAGAUGAUUAUGACGUUGACAAGGGGAUCCUAAGAGUUAUAAAGAUUGGAGAAUUGGAUCAGAACCCGUGUUGUGGAACCCAUCUCCAAUCAACAGCUCAGAUCUUGUCCAUUGCCUUGCUCCACCAAACUUCUGUGAGAGGGACAAACUCGAGAUUACACUUCAUCGCUGGUGAUAGGGUUCGCCAGUAUACGGUUCAAAACCAUAGAAUCUUAAAGCAGUGUUCCAACGAUCUAUCCUGCCAAUUUGACGAACUGGCAGACAAGAUUUCUCAGCUGAAUAACAACUAUAGAAAAGCAUCGAAGAAGGAAGCUUCGUGGAAAGAGGAAGUUGCCAAGUACCAGGCCUUGGAGAUGAUCGUGCAACUUGAGAGCAAGGAUAUGGCGUAUCUUUAUAGAGCCGAUGCAGGCUUGGACUACUUGACUAACAUUUUCAAGACUGUUUCAAAGGAACAAAGAGAUGGCCAGACUAUUGUUCUUUUGUCUGGGGAAGGUAAGGAAGGUGGUUCCAUCAUCAUCAACUCAUCCACAGCUGAAAAGACGGCUGAUAUUGCCAAACAUUUACAAACCUUGGUUUCUGGAUUGAAAGGAGGAGGUAAGGCUAAAUGGCAAGGUAAGAUCUCCUCUUAUCAGAAGGGAGAGCUUGAGGCAGCUCUGGAAUACCUUGAAUCCUUUUCUUCUUGA